ACUUGUUAAGUGACCUGCAGAAAUGCAGAGUAGCUGCUGCCAGUUGGGCAGACGUUGCACUCCUCCAUUCUUACACGUUAACCAGGAGCUGACACUUUGGAGUUUGACCCCAGAUGCUGGAUGUCUCUAAGCUGAGGGAAUUCUCCUUCCAGUCUCUUUCUCCACCUCACCUGUCACUGGGAAGAGACAGCCCUCAGGAGUUGGAGUCCGCCUUCUUGAAAAAGCAGGAAGACCAAUAUGACCAGCAAUAAGAACUCAGCUCCAAGGGCGUCUCUAGAGGUGGUAGACAUCGUGGUGCUGGUCCUUUACUUUGUGUUUGUCAUGGCCGUUGGAUUAUGGUCUAUGUGGCGCACAAAAAGGAGCACAGUGAAGGGCUAUUUCCUGGCAGGAAAGAACAUGGCAUGGUGGCCUGUCGGAGCCUCAUUAUUUGCCAGCAACGUGGGCAGUGGUCAUUUCAUUGGCCUGGCAGGAUCCGGGGCAGCUUCAGGAAUAGCUGUGACUGCCUAUGAGUGGAAUGGCCUGUUCUCUGUGCUGGUCCUGGCCUGGUUCUUUCUCCCGAUCUACAUAACUGCCGGGGUCACCACCAUGCCUGAAUACCUGCAGAAACGCUUCGGAGGAAAGAGGAUCCAGAUCUAUCUUGCCAUCUUGUACUUGUUCAUCUACAUAUUUACCAAGAUCUCUGUGGACAUAUAUGCCGGGGCGCUGUUUAUCCAGCAGGCACUACGCUGGGAUCUUUAUAUAGCUGUGAUUGGAUUAUUGGUGAUCACUGCAAUCUAUACAGUAGCUGGUGGUCUGGCAGCAGUUAUCUACACUGACACAUUGCAGACGAUCAUAAUGAUCAUUGGAGCCCUGAUUCUUAUGGCCUUCAGUUUCAUAGAAAUUGGCGGAUUUGGUGCUUUGGAGGAAAGGUAUUUUGCUGCCAUCCCAUCCAAUCGUACAGACAACACUAGCUGCGGCAUUCCUAGAGAAGAUGCUUUCCAUUUAUUCCGAGACCCUGUGACCUCUGACCUUCCAUGGCCUGGCGUGUUGGUGGGAAUGACCAUCCCAUCUAUCUGGUACUGGUGCACUGAUCAGGUGAUUGUCCAGAGAUCUUUGUCUGCUAAGAACCUCUCUCAUGCUAAGGGCGGCUCUCUCCUCGCAGCUUACCUCAAGGUGUUGCCAUUAUUUAUGAUGGUUCUGCCCGGGAUGAUCAGCAGAGUUCUCUUCACAGAUGAAGUGGCUUGUGCAGAUCCCGAAAUCUGCAGGUCAAUCUGCGGCAACCCUUCCGGAUGCUCCGAUAUCGCAUACCCCAAACUUGUUAUUGAAUUACUGCCAACAGGGUUAAGAGGUCUAAUGAUGUCAGUUAUGAUUGCUGCUCUCAUGUCCUCACUGACUUCCAUUUUUAAUAGCGCAAGCACCAUUUUUACCAUGGAUCUGUGGCGACACAUCCGUCCGCGCUCUACCGAGUUCGAGCUCAUGAUUGUGGGGAGAGUGUUUGUGCUUGUGCUGGUGGGGGUGUCCAUUCUAUGGAUUCCUCUGGUCCAGGCCAGCCAAGGUGGCCAACUCUUCAUAUACAUCCAGUCUAUCAGCUCUUACCUGCAGCCUCCUGUGGCCGUGGUCUUCAUUGCCGGCUGUUUUUGGAAACGCACCAAUGAGAAGGGUGCAUUCUGGGGGCUGACCAUUGGCUUAGUUGUUGGCCUCAUCCGUAUGGUGCUGGAUUUCAUCUACCCGGCACCACAGUGUGACCAGCCUGAUGCUAGGCCAGGAGUGGUGAAAUACGUCCACUAUCUCUACCUGUCCAUGAUAUUAGCUCUGCUGACCCUCAUCGUGGUGGUGGUUGUCAGCUUAUGGACAGAGCCUCCUACUAGAAAAAUGAUCAGCCGUCUUACCUGGUUCACACGCUGGGAUGAGGCAGAAACUGUCCCUGAAGUGACAUCUAUGGAAACCGCUUCCCAAAAAAGAGACAGUGUGGUGGAGGACAAUGUGGAUAAAGCUGAUUUGAACUCCUCUGAUGGGAUCAUUGACAAUUCAGCAGAAGAUCAAUCAUGUGUUUCCCGUCUGAAAAAAGCUAUCUUUUGGCUUUGUGGGAUGGAACGGAAGGGCGCCCAAGAAGAACAAGCCCCUGCUCCUCCACUAGAGUCACCAAAAGUUCUGUUGUCUGAGCCACCAUUAAUAACACAUCUCCUGAACAUCAACCUCAUCCUGUGUACGAGUGGUGCCAUCUUCCUUUGGGGUUACUUUGGCUAGACGAAACAAGCAUACUUG